AUGGACCUUGGUGCACAGCUGGGUGAAGUGCUCAUCUUCAUCAAGGUAGAUGUCCUCGGGGCGGCGGCGGCGUCUGGUGCGGCGCUCCUCUUCCGUGAUGGUUGGGCGGAGGGAUGCAUACUGCUGCCUGUCAAGAAGACUGAGGGAGGACGGGCUGGGCUCAUCAGUGCUUUGGGCUGGGGGCAGAUUCUUGACCCCGAGGAAAUGGCACGCGAGGGAUGGGGUGGUCAGUCUGGCGCUAGGGUGGUAGCAUUCAAACACGAGCUCGUGGCCGGGGAGGGUGGCGGCCUCGAUGAGGCGGCGGCGGAUGGUCUCGGCGACGAUGGAGUGGAAGCGGCGGCUGGUGCAGGCGAUGGGGAUGAGCUCCUUUGCCAGGAAGUCGGUCAAGGUGAGGGAGAGGAUCUAGCGACGGGGUUAAUGAUGUAUAGAUAG